AGCACAACACUUUGAAGCAGCGUCUCUCCGACUUCCACCAGCCGUUUAUCACAAUGAACUCCGAGCCUGUUGUCAUCGUCUCUGCUGCACGGACACCAAUUGGGUCCUUAAACGGUGCUCUGUCCACGGUGCCUCUGCCUGACCUGUGUUCAGUUGUGAUCAAGGAUGUUCUGAAGCGGGCAGGGGUGAAGCCAGAAGAGGUCUCUGAGGUUAUCAUGGGACACGUCCUAACAGCAGGUCAUGGGCAGAACCCGGCACGUCAAGCCAGUGUUGGGGCAGGGAUCCCCUACCCUGUCCCGGCCUGGAGCUGCCAGAUGGUGUGUGGCUCUGGGCUGAAGGCUGUGUGUCUGGGAGCUCAGUCCAUCCAGACUGGAGAGUCCGCUGUGGUGGUGGCAGGCGGCAUGGAGAGUAUGAGCAGGGCUCCUCACACGCUGCAAAUGAGAGCGGGGGUGAAGAUGGGCGACGCCUCCCUCCAGGACUCCAUGGUGGCCGACGGCCUGACAGACGCCUUCCACGGCUACCACAUGGGCAUCACAGCUGAGAAUGUAGCAAAGCAGUGGGGAGUUAGUCGAGAGGACCAGGACCGGUUUGCUGUCCAGUCCCAGAACAAAACGGAGGCUGCACAGAAAUCUGGACAUUUUGAUCAAGAGAUUGUCCCAGUCAUGGUGCCGUCCAGAAAAGGUCCAGUGGAGGUGAAGAUGGAUGAGUUUCCUCGCCACGGCAGCAACAUGGAAAGCAUGUCCAAACUGAGACCCUGCUUCAUUAAGAACAGCAGUGGCACAGUCACCGCUGGCAACUCCUCAGGUAUUAAUGAUGGAGCAGCAGCAACUGUCCUAAUGAGCCAAUCAGAGGCUGUGAGGCGUGGCCUAAAACCCAUGGCCAGAAUCGUAUCGUGGGCUCAAGCUGGCCUUGACCCGUCUAUCAUGGGAACUGGACCAAUCCCAGCCAUCAGGAAAGCGGUUGAAAAAGCAGGCUGGCAGUUGGACCAAGUCGACUUAUUUGAGAUCAAUGAAGCUUUUUCUGCCCAGUCUGUUGUUGUGGUUAAAGAGCUUGGCCUUAAUGCAGACAAGGUGAAUGUGAGUGGUGGUGCCAUCGCUCUGGGCCAUCCCAUUGGCAUGUCUGGCUGCAGAGUGCUGGUCACCUUGUUGCACACACUUAAGAGGACUGGAGGCCACAAGGGCGUGGCGUCUCUCUGCAUUGGAGGAGGGAUGGGCAUCGCCAUGUGUGUGGAGAGGGUUUGAGAAAAAAACCUAAUUCUGCUUCACAAAUUGAAGCGUCAUCUUUAAGCUAUAAGGGAUACUUAAAAAAUUGUUUACACUGUGGGAUAUGAUAUAAAAUGAUUUACCUCAGUUCUUCCAGUUCGUAUCUUGGGUCUCAUCCAAAAAUAUCUUGCCAUUCUCACUGUGAACUUUAAAUUAACCCUUCCUCAGGCAAUAGCUAUGUGACAAGUGACUUAAAAUGUCUAGAUAAUGUACAUCUAGUGUAGACUUAGAGCUUAAACAUGCUGGAAUUAGAUGUGCCAGGUAAGCGCCAUGCUGCAGUUUGUAGUUGCUGUUAAGUAAUCAAUGAGGGGGAACCUGUUUAAUUACCUGUACAAAAGUGAAAAACUGCAAAUGCAAGGCUUUUAGUGCCUAGUCUGUAAGACAUGCUACAGACUGUAAAGAUCAUUUUUAAUUUGUGGUGUAAUUUGACAGUUUGCAGCACUCCAUAGAUUCAGAUUGCUGUAAAAACCGGAUUCAAUCACCUUCAGAGUAGUCUUGAAACAGUGCCAUAACAUUAAGUACGCUAGCCUUCUCUAACCACGUGCUUCCUGUACGUAGCACGAUGUCUGAAAAUGUUUCCUGUAAUCCAGCUGUUCUACAUAUCAAUAAAGUGAUAAGCCCAAGGGUCAA